AUGGAGAAGGCCAUCUACAAAAGCAGAAAAGAAAAACAAAUCAGCCUCCAGGUCAAGUCAUCUGUGCACAACUUGAGCAAAACUCAGCAGACCAAACUCACUGUGGGCAGCCUGGGGUUAGGCUUGAUCAUCAUCCAGCAUGGACCCUACCUCCAGAUCACACACCUCAUCAAGAAGGGGGCUGCAGCCAGGGAUGGAAAACUCCAGACAGGUGAUGUUCUGAUUAGUGUUGACCAAGCCAAUGUAUUAGGAUAUACUCUUCGAGAAUUUUUAAAGCUUUUGCAACAUAUUACCAUAGGAAAAGUGCUGCAAAUAAAGGUUUACCGAGAUUUUAUUGAGAUACCCCAAGAAUGGCAAGAAAUAUAUGAUUUAAUACCCGAGACCAAAUUCCCAGUAACAUGCACAAAAAAGAAAACUGAGCAGAUAAAAGACUCUUUCACAAGCACUGAGGACAAGGAAGAUGUAGUUUUAGAUAAAAAACUUAAGUAUUAUAAAUCCCCACAGUCCACUGAGCAUCAUCCUGCAAGAAGACCCAUGUCAAUCUCCAGAGAAUGGCACGAAUAUAAAAAGAAGAACCAGACUAUCAGCGUAGGAACAGACAUUAACUGUGAUGUCAUGAUUCACAGAGAUCACAGGAAAGAAAUGAGAGCCCCUUCCCCAUACUGGGCAAUGGUGAAGCAAGACAAAGACAGCUCCUCCUCCUCCUCAGCCUCAGACAUAUUCUGGCUGGAAGACUAUGCCCAAGUUGAAAAGGACAAGGGUCAACCUGCAUCAAAAUUUGGUUACUAGUUUACAAAUCUGUGAUCACAGGAGCAUUUCUCUGGAAAAUACCCAAUUUUUAUAACUGCCACAUACAGCUUUUCUGUACUUACAGGAACAUGUACAGACUUAACCAAUUAUUUCACAGCUGUUGUAAAGCCUUUAGGCCUUCUUCAAUGUGAUAUCCAAGACUUCCCUUGGUGGGCAAAGAGCCCUCAAAAAUUUUAUUCUUAAAACAGCACCAUCACUCAGUCAUUAAGACCCUCCUAUCUCAGAAAAAUGUCUCAUCUUUUAGAAAAUGUAGCUGAACAGCUUAAUAUCAGAAUGUGUGAACAUAGUAGAGAAUUUCACUUUUUAAGGUAAGUGCCAUAUUGUUAUUUAGAUACCUAGUUUUUCUUGUUUUGCAAACUUCAACUGCCCUACUUAAAAGAAGUAAAAGGUAUUUUUGGCUAGUUAUUCAAGUUAGAAGUUGUUUUCCUUUUUUGGCCCACUUUUACUCUAAAUGUUGGGUUCAUUGGUAACUAGUGUAUUUUGCUGUGUAUAGUGCACUCCCAUGUAUAAUGUACACCCAUGUUUUUGGCCCAAACUGUCAGGAAAAAAUCUUUUAAUUUUAAAAUCCAAUUAUUUAUUUAUUUAUUGACACUCGUUUUUUGUAUUAUAAAAGAAUUUUAGCAUUUCUUUUUGAACAUAUGAUGAUAUAAGAAAUUUUAUGUAACAAAUUACAAAGCACAAGAAUAGAUAUAAGGUAUUUCAGGUACUGCCCAUGUAUAAGGUACAUCCUUAUUUUUCCCUCAAAAAUUCGAGUAAGAAAAGUGCACAUCAUACACAGCAAAAUACAGUACUUAAGAGACAAGAUAGAAACAGAAGAGGGAGAAGGAGAUGAUGAGAGAAGAUAAAGCUCUGUCACAGUGAAGAUAAAGCAGAUAUACAAAACGAAGCAGUACAAUUAUAGGACACAACGGAUGGGGAAUUUAUAUUUUUCAGAAAUAACUAUUGCAAGAAGGGAAUAAAAUUCAGACCAUUUAAUUGUUCUUACCCAAAAUGAAAUUUUAGCUGUUUUUAUCUUUUUUUUGUCAUCACAAACAGUAUUUUUUAAAAUUACAUUUUAUCGAUUAUGCAAUUACACUUGUUCCAAUUUUCCCCCCUUUGACCCCCACCA